AAAGAAUUUGGAUGAAAUGAAAAGGAGAUUUAAUGAAUAUGAACAAAUAACAUUAAGAGAGGUUGAAGAUUUAAAAUAUAAGAUUGAUGAAUUAAAAUGUGAGAUUGGAUUUUGUGGUGAUGAAGAGACAAUUAAAGAAAUAAGACAAGAAUUAAAAUUUGGAGAAUUAACCAAUCUUUUAUAUGAAAAUGGUUUUAUUGAAACAUAAAAAUUUAAUUUAUAUAAUUUGAACUUUAUAAAUAAAUUUAGACUAUAAAUAAUUUGGACUAUUGAUAAUU